UGGGCCAGGCAGCCAUGAAUAAGUUAAUAGUCUUCCGGCUUGAUGUGGAGCACAAACAUCAAAGGGCUGGGAAAGGCUGGCACCCCAGGGGACAGGACGCAAUUGCUGCCUGGGUGGCCCGCACUAGUCAGCCUGCUUCUCUAGAGCGCCAACCCCCUGCAUCUUUUUAGAAAUGACCCAUCAUACCUGAAAACCAUGGGUUCAGAAGAUACAUUGAUCAGACCCACCCUUUGAAAGACCUGCUCAGGAAUUUCCCACUUUGUGUCCUGAGACCAGGGACCCAGGCGCCCAGAGCAGAGCUUGGUGGUGAAAGUAGAGCAUGCUCGGCUUAAGUACACCCUUGCCAUCGUGACCAGAGAACGCGAUUUGGCCGUGAAGGAGAAACACCAGCUCCAAGCCAAGCUGGAGAACCUAGAACAAGUCCUAAAGCACAUGCGGGAGGCUGCAGAGCGGCGGCAACAGCUGGAACUGGAGCAUGAGCAAGCCCUGGCCGUCCUCAAGGCCAAGCAGCAAGAAAUCGACCUUCUGCAGAAGGCUCAGGUUGAAGCUAAGAAGGAGCAUGAAGGUGCUGUGCAGCUGCUAGAGGGCAAGGUGCGGGAACUGGAGGGGAAAUGCCGGGCACAGAGUGAGCAGUUCAGCCAGCUGUCCCGCCACCUGGAGCAGCUCCGGCAGCACACCGGGGCCAUCGACCUGCUGGGCGGCAGCUCUGUGGCCUUGCCAGAUGCCCCCACGUCCCCCAGCAAGCCUUUCCCACAGUUCAUGAAUGGACUGGCCCCAUCCAUUGGCAAAGGUCAGGAGAGCAUCGUGGGGAGCUUCCCUGUGACUGGUGAAUAUAUCCGGCCCCUGCUGCCCCCCAGUGACAAGCCGGAGCCUCUGUCCACCAAGCCUGCCUUUCUGUCAAGAUCCGUGAGCCCAAGAUGCAGAUUUGAAUCAGAUAUGGAGAAUGAACGGGAUUCCAGUACCUCCAAGCAGAGAUACUCGGGGAAGGUCCACCUGUGUGUUGCCCGCUACAGUUACAACCCCUUCGACGGGCCCAAUGAGAACCCGGAGGCUGAGCUGCCCCUCACAGCGGGGAAAUACCUCUACGUCUAUGGAGACAUGGAUGAGGACGGCUUCUAUGAAGGCGAACUCCUGGAUGGGCAGCGGGGUUUGGUGCCCUCCAAUUUUGUGGAUUUUGUCCAGGACAAUGAGUCGCGAUUGGGAAGUACGCUGGGGAAUGAACAGGAUCAGAAUUUCAUCAACCACUCUGGCACCAGCUUGGAGGGGAGGAACAUUCUGGACCUCCACUCCCUCACUCACGUGGACCCCAGCGUCACCAAUGGUGCAGGGACGCUGGACGUGAACAUUGAUGACAUUGGAGAGGACAUCGUGCCUUACCCUCGAAAAAUCACCCUCAUUAAGCAACUUGCCAAAAGCGUGAUUGUGGGCUGGGAGCCCCCAGCAGCACCCCCGGGCUGGGGGACCGUGAGCAGCUACAAUGUGCUGGUGGACGCGGAGCCGCGUGUGAGCCUCCUGCCAGGUGGCAGGACGAAGGUCCUCAUCGAGAAGCUCAAUGUGGCAUCCUGUACCUACCGCAUCUCUGUGCAGUGCGUCACCAGCCGGGGCAGCUCGGAUGCACUGCGUUGCACACUGCUGGUGGGCAGGGAUGUGGUGGUGGCUCCCUCCCGCCUCCGAGUGGACAAUAUCACGCAGAUGUCUGCGCAGCUCUCCUGGCUGCCCACCAAUAGCAACUACAGCCACGUGAUCUUCCUCAACGAGGAGGAGUUUGACCUGGUCAAGGCGGCGCGGUACAAGUACCAGUUCUGCAACCUCAGGCCGAACAUGGCCUACAAGGUGAAGGUUCUGGCCAGACCCCACCAGAUGCCGUGGCAGCUGCCCCUGGAGCAAAGGGAGAAGAAGGAGGCCAGCGUGGAGUUCUCCACGCUGCCUGCGGGGCCUCCUGCUCCCCCACAAGAUGUCACUGUCCAAGCUGGGGCCACCCCAGAAACUGUCCAGGUCUCCUGGAAGCCACCGGCCCUGACAACCACCGGGUUGUCCAAUGGAGCGAAUGUUACCGGCUAUGGCGUGUAUGCAAAGGGACAGAGGGUGGCCGAGGUCAUCUCCCCAACGGUGGACAGCACACCUGUGGAACUCGUGCGGCUGCGGAGCCUGGAAGCCAAGGGUGUGACCGUGCGGACCCUCUCUGCACAGGGCGAGUCUGUAGACUCGGCCAUCGCUGCCAUUCCCCCCGACCUCCUGGUGCCUCCAACCCCCCACCCAAGAACUGCUCCCACACCGAAGCCAUUAGUGAGUGCCGGAGCCCCUGAUACCAAAGAUGAGCACCUGGGUCCCCACACCAAAGUGGAAGAGGCCUGGGAGCAGAGUCGGACGCCCACCCCUGCCCAUGGGCACAUGUUGGAGCCGCCAGGCCUGCAGGGCUCAGGCCCCGGGAGGCGGUCGCCGUCACCCAGCCGGAUCCUCCCGCAGCCGCAGGGUGCCCCAGUUUCUACUUCUGUCGCCAAGGCCAUGGCUCGGGAAGCUGCACAGAGAGUGGCCGAGAGCAGCAGGUUAGAGAAAAGGAGCGUCACAUUGGACAGGAGCGGGCAGUAUGCGAACUCGGAUGAUGAGGACGGCUAUGAGUCCCCAGACGUCAGGAGGAGGGGCGCAUCCGUGGACGACUUCCUGAAAGGGUCCGAGCUUGGCAAGCCGCCACACUGCUGCCAUGGGGAUGAGUACCACACGGAGAGCAGCCGGGGCUCCGACCUCUCAGACAUCUUGGAGGAGGACGAGGAGGAGCUUUCCUUGGAGAUGCAGCUGGAGGAGGGCAUCAGGAGGCGGCCCAGCGGCACACCCCACGGCACCCUCAAGGAGUGCUGUAGCGAUAGGACCACUGAAAGCGCUUUCCCGCCGCUGCCCGAGCAUGCCCUCCAGACACACCACAGUCAGAGACUUUUCAGUAUCCCCGAAGUAGCCGAGGAGGAUGGAGAGCACUGUGAGUUCUCGCACAAGCAGGGCUUAGGGCGCCCCCUGGGGGCCAGGACAGCGCUGGCCAGAGAGCCUGGGCCCGCCAGGCCCUGCUGGGGGGAUGAGGCCCCACGGGGCUCUUGGUUCCCUGUAAAAGCCUGGGGCCUGGGGGCCGGCCCCCUCACCAAGGACUUUGUUCUCGAAGACAGAGGCUGCCAGUUCAGCCGCUCAGCCACUAGGAGCCCGGACAGCGGGCUGGACUGCGGGAGUGAGGAGGAAGAGCUGAGAUUUAGCUUCAGGAGUACUGCUGCGAAGUGCAGCCCAGGCCCGGGGCACUGCCCCUGCAGGAGAAGCCUGAGGCCUCUGCUGGCCCGGCGGCGGACGCUGACUCGGCAGAGCAGCAUCGAAGAGGACUUUGGGGAGCAGAUGGACCCCAGCAACACCACCAUCAGGAGCGAUGAUGCCCACCUGAGCCCGGAGACACCCACCCCUGGGAAGUACAGCCAGGCUGAGCCUGCUGGUCACAAAGAUUUUUGGGAUAUCUGGAAGAAAAGCAUAAAAAUGCCCCACAGUAGAGCAAGUGCCCGACAUGUCCAACCACCUCCCUUCUUUGCAGAAGGCCCUUUGAUUUUAGGAAACCCAGCAUCUGCAGGACGAGCUGACAGGACGGAUCGUGGGGCCCGGAGGUUCGCCCAAGGUGUGGCUGGCCCUCAAAGGUCCCGGCCGGUGAUGGUCCCGUCCCUCGAUGGGUACAGCGGGCGGGACCGUCUUUCUCCGGACGCCUAUGAAGAGUCAGAAACCGACCCUGGUACUGAAGAGCUCCCAGCCCGGAUCUUCGUGGCGCUUUUUGACUAUGACCCGCUCACCAUGUCCCCAAAUCCAGACGCAGCAGAAGAGGAGCUUCCCUUUAAAGAAGGACAGAUCAUCAAGGUCUAUGGUGAUAAAGAUGCAGAUGGGUUCUACCGGGGGGAAACUUGUGCCCGCCUUGGCCUCAUCCCUUGUAACAUGGUGUCUGAGAUCCAAGCAGACGAUGAGGAGAUGAUGGACCAGCUUCUUAGACAAGGCUUCCUCCCUCUGAACACACCCGUGGAGAAAGUAGAGAGAAACAGAAGGAGUGGCAGGUGGCACUCAGUGACCACUCGGAGAAUGGUGGCCCUGUACGACUACGACCCGAGAGAAAGCUCACCGAACAUUGACGUUGAGGCUGAACUUACGUUUUGCACAGGAGAUAUUAUUACUGUUUUUGGCGAAAUCGAUGAAGAUGGGUUUUAUUAUGGGGAGCUCAACGGGCAGAAAGGCCUUGUCCCCUCAAACUUCCUAGAAGAAGUGCCUGAUGAUGUGGAAGUCUAUCUCUCUGACGCGCCGUCCCACUACUCACAAGACACGCCAGUGCGCUCCAAGGCAAAACGGAAGAAGAGUGUUCAUUUCACACCUUAAUCAGGCAAUGUAGCCUUCACGUAAGUGAGCAACUGAAGAUACCUAUAAAGAUACCAACUUAGGCUGCCUUAAAGGGACAAUGCAGUAGACUUAAGGCUUCACUGUGGGCUAAGAAAAGAAAUAUGUCUCAAAAACCAUCGGACCUAAAGUAUUAGGAUAUUACUUGGUCUCAGUUGUAAAGCAGCUGAAUUGGUAGUGAAAUAAAUCAUCUUUAAUAAUCAUUUCCUACUAUUUACAUUAAGAAUAUUUGAAGGCCAACAUUGGGAACAUAUUUCUUAACCAGCUAAUUGUUUGUUUACAGAGAGUUCCAAUGUCUACUCAUAAUUAAAGCUGCAUAUUGCAUUGUUAGCCACUCUUGGAAAAAGCACAACCUAAAAAAUGUUUACUAUAGGGAAUUUUACUUUAAAAAACCUAACUCAAGAGCAAGCAGAACAUAAGUGAUGCAGAGUUGGCUCUGACCGCUGCACAUGCUGGCUCGACUACCGGAAGCAUCAUUCUUACGUAACCAUACCUCUAUCUGAUGAGAGUGCUUGUGCUCUCUUCAAAGCACAAGUAAGUGUUCUGAACACACAGAUGAUUGGUCGGUGACUCACUGGUUGGUAUACCAAUGCAAUACUAAGUUUAUGAGACAUGCAGCUCAAAUGUUCGCAUAGACGGAAUACUCGGUAUCUUCAGGUGUGCUUUGGGAUGCUUUCCUAGUUGUUUUCCAUUAGAAUUAGACCUUGAUUUUAAAUCUAAGCAAGCUUGAAGCCCCUUGGCUUAUAUCAUUUGCCUGCUGAAUAAUGAACACUCACACUAGGAAGACGUUUGCUCAGUGAGGUGAGGGAGAAGAGGGACAGUGAUGUUCUGCAUCUCGGGCAUGCACCCGAUCAUGAACAUGAGCGAGGCUUGUCACCACGCGCCGUGUUAGAACACGCUCUGCGCCUGGGAGGCACUGCUGAUUAAGCACUAUAUUGACAAAAAUUCAUCUUCAAUUACUUGAAAAUAACGAAAGCAUACAAUAAGGGCCUUUAAGCUUUCUUUGAUUAUAAUUAAGGUUCAUUUUAGGUUUUUUUUCCUUUCUUUCAACUGGUGUGCCAUCUCCAAUGUUUCUACAGUAUACUAACCACCGCAGGGACGCACGGGGCAGUAUCAGUUUAUAUACCCACGUAGUUUUCAAACACAGCAAAAGUUCCCUUUAAGAACCUUUGCUUUUAAGAUUAUCGAUGGGUACUCGGCCAAUUUUACUACCACCCUAAUUUAAAGGAAUUGUUUUUCCCUGCUUUUGGUCUUAAUUUACUAAGUAAAUUAUCACCUAGCUUUGUUUUUGUGGAAACCAUGGCCGCCCCUCCCCUGGAAACCAGACGCGUGGCUAGGCCCUCCCUUAAGUAUGCUGUGGGGGAGGGUGUGUGCUCCCGGGAGGGUACUUUAAGCAUUCAAAGGAGAAAUGGACCCCUUUACUUCUCCUGGUGGGAACCGGGGUAGUAGGGUGUUACCCAGUGGAUUGGUGUUGUUGGCACUCACGCACUCAAUAAACUGUAACAAUGUACCUACUAGGUUCCUCCUGAGGGUUCAGGUACAGCAAGGAGCGCACCAUCCCCCACAGCCCAUCUCCAUUCGGGGUCACCUACGUCAUCUAUGGGUACUGGUAGUCCUGGGAGAGGCAGGGAAAUGUCCUCGAAAAAGAAAAAGGGGCUGCU